GGUUCAGUCAACAAAAGAAAUGGAGCUCAAUGAUGAAGAAGAUUAUAAGCUCUACUGGGAAACCAUGUUCUUGGAAAAUGAAGAACUCGAACUUGAUAGUUGGGGAUUUGAUGAAGUACCCAUUUCCAGCUACUGCGAUUCCAGUUCGUUUGACAGAGCAGCGUCGUCGUCUCCUCCGAUGACAACAAAACACAUAGUUUCGGAGAGAAAUCGAAGGAAGAAACUCAAUGAAAGAUUACAUGCACUAAGAACUGUAGUUCCUAAUAUUAGCAAGAUGGAUAAGGCCUCGAUAAUUAAGGAUGCAAUCGAGUACAUUCAAGAAUUACACGAACAAGAACGAGCUUUGCAAUCCGAAAUAACCGAACUUGAAUUCAGAAAAUUGAAGAGAUCAAAACAUAUGAAUUUAUCCGAAACAAAGAAGAAAAAGAUCGAUCAUGCCCAAGAAGAUUCUAGCGGAUCACAAACACCAUCUAUUGACUCUCUCGAAGUUAGGAUUUCUAAUGCGAGUGAGAAGACAAUGGCUGUAACCUUAACACGUGAUAAGAAAUCAGAUACAAUGGUGAGACUUUGUCAAGUUUUUGAGUCUUUGAAGCUUAAAACUGUCACUGCCAACAUUUUUGCCGUGUCCGGGAGACUAUGGAAGACGGUCUAUGUUGAGGUACACAAUCUUAUAUGAGUUUCUAAUAUGUUGAUGAACUGAAAAUGAAGAUAGAAGCAGCACUUACAAAGUCCUAAUAUGAGUUUCUAAUCUCACCCGUUAACUCACUGGUUUCUGGACUUCCGCAUAUCAGCUUACAGAUUGGUUGCGGCAUUGAAGAAAAGUUGAUAUGAAGUUUAAAGUCCGGAAGGGGGGGGGUACUUAUGCAAGUGCUAACUAGCUGUAGGAGUUUAAUCUGUUUCGUGCAUUUCGCCUUUUUUCUCACCUUUGGCUGAGAGUUCUCUCAGACCCAGCUGAAUGUAAUUUUCUAUGGGAAAAGGCCUUUCUUGCCAAUGUUGCCAUCCCACUAUGUAUGUCA